AUGCCAGACACUCUAGCGCCCCCGAAAAGACGGCAAAGGGCUGCAGAGUCCGAUUCUGAUGAUGAUGAAGCGUCCAACAGGGACCGGGAUGGGACCCCGUUAUCGCAUGCAUCCAACGGCAGCAAACGCGUUAAACUAACUACUGGAAGAGACGAUCAUGAAAGCGAAGCGAGCGAAGAGACUUCACUUGAGGAAGAUGACAGUGACGAAGACCGUAAGGAUGAGACUCUGGUAAUGGGGGGUUUGGGGGAUACUUUUGAAAAUGUGGCAUCCUCGAGUAAUGAGCGUCAUGGGGGUUCCAACAACCAGGGCAAGGGGAAUGCUGGGGCUGGGGGGAAAGGCCUUGAACACCUUCCUGGGUCAAUUGUGCGAGUAAAAUUAACAAACUUCGUGACUUAUACCUCUGCCGAAUGUCAUCCAGGGCCAAGACUAAACAUGGUGAUCGGGCCUAAUGGUACUGGAAAAAGCACCUUUGUUUGCGCUAUCUGCCUUGGACUAGGUUGGGGACCAGCAUAUCUCGGUCGAGCUAAGGAUGUAGCUGAAUUCGUGAAACAUGGCGCCGACGAAGCUAUCAUUGAGAUUGAGCUUAAAGCUAGAGAGGGUAUGAACCAAAACCCGAUCAUCUGCAGGACGAUUAAGCGCGAGGGCAAUAAAAGUACAUUCACGAUAAACGGACAGUCUGUUAGGCAGAACGUUGUGUUAUCGCUUGCAAAGUCGUUUUCAAUCCAAAUUGACAAUCUUUGCCAAUUUCUUCCUCAAGAUAAAGUCAGUGAAUUUGCUGCAUUAUCACCUGUUGAGUUGCUGCACUCCACUCAACGAGCUGCGGCUGGACCUGAGAUGGCGAAGUGGCAUGAUGACUUGAAAGAGCUACGGUCAGGGCAAAAAGAUAUCCUGGAAGAGAGUGCCAGCCAAAGAGAACAUUUGGCAAACCUAGAAAAGCGCCAACAAAUGCAACGUGAGGAUGUAGAACGAAUGAAGCAACGAGAGGAGGUUAAAAAACGCUUGAAAUUCCUGGAAAUGUUGAGACCUCUGCCUCGAUUCAACUCGUGCAGGAGAGAGUCCAGUGCGAUUUUGGAACAGAAACAGAGGUUGAUGCGAGAACAGGAGGAGUUGAAACAGAAAUUGGAACCGGCUUUAAGAGCAGUCAACUCAAAACGGGAUUACUAUACCCAAGUAGAAGCUGUGCUCAGACAGAAAAGACUCUCUUCUCAAAAUGGAGAAGAGGCUGCCGCCGCCAUCUCAGAAAAGCUGAUCCAGGUCGAUGACAAGAUAAAAGAUCUGAGCAAUCAGAUCAAUGCGGAAAAGAAAAGCGGCAGCAGCCAGCUAGAGGAGUGCAAGAAAAUUCAACAAAGUAUUAACAGACUCCAGCGUCAAAUGGAAGAAGAGGCCGUUGACUUUGAUGCUGCCGCGUAUAACGAGAAAAUACGUGACUGUGUCCGGCGCACACGUGAAAUCCAAGAUAAAGCAAUGGAGAUCCAAACCAGAAAGAAAACUACUAUACUCCAAGUGGAGACCCAUAGGAAACAAAUUGCAAACGCUGAGCAACGGUUGAUUGACUUGAAGUCUCAGUCUGGUCAACAAGAGGAGAAGCUGAAACGACUAUCUGAGCAUUCGUUUAGAGCCUGGGAGUGGAUAAAGCAAAAUCAAGACCGUUUUGAAAAGCAUGUUUUUGGCCCUCCAAUUGUGGAAUGCUCUGUCAAGGAUCCAAAGUAUGCCAGUGCUGCGGAAUCCCUUUUACAGAGAAAUGACUUCAUGGCGUUUACGACCCAAUCUCGCGCCGAUUUCAGGACCCUACAGCGUGCCCUAAACAACGAUCUGGGGCUACAUGAUAUAAGUAUAAAAACAUGUACUGUAUCGUUGUCCAGCAUGUCACCACCAGUAACUGAUGAAGAGCUUCGCUCGUUGAACUUCGAUGGCUGGGUGAAGGACUUUAUGGACGGCCCAGAGCCCGUUCUAGCCAUGUUGUGCAGUGAGAACAGGUUCCAUUCAACGGCUGUCACGUUAAGGGACAUUUCGGAUGAGGAAUACCGCAGGUUAGAGAAGGGUAAUAUCACCACAUGGAUUGCUGGAAACCAGAAUUAUCAGGUUAUCCGUCGACGUGAAUAUGGUCCAAGCGCAUCAACCACCAGGGUAAGGCAAUUAUGGCCUGCUAGGAUGUGGACUGACAAACCUGUCGAUUCGUCUUCUACUGAAAAGGAUCUGAUGAACUGCGUCACACAAUGGAAAGCAGAGCUGAGCGAGAUUCUUGCGUCUGGGGCGGAAGAAAGGGAUACACUGCAACGGCUUAAGGAAGAACGAGACGCAGUUCUCGGUGAAAAGACAACACUUGAAAAGGAAAAGGCAGAGAAGCAGUCCGCAUUGGUGAACUACCGAGCUCUCCCAACGAAACUUGCACAACAAAAGGAGAAACUGAAAACCUACAAUAUGCGAGUGGAGGGUAUCAGAGAUCGAGUUGAGUCAUUGAGAGAAAAGCAAGAUGAGCUUGCUGUCGAGAAAGCCGGAGUGGCCAUUGAGUACUCUGCUGCCGUGGUUUCUCUAAGUAACAUACUUGAGGAUGUGGCUCGUGUGGAGAUCCUCGCAAUAGAAGCGAUGUCCGAUUUGAACACAUUGCAAGAAAGGAACGCUGGAUAUACCAGGGAACUGAAUGAGAAAGCUGUAGCAGUCGAAGAGGUAAUAAGAAACCUGAAUGAAAUGCGAGAAAAGCUUCGGGCGAGCCAAGCGGAGGUCCGAGCCGUUGUUGCCCGCAUGCACUCAACACCUGGGCUUAAAGAGGUUGGCGAAGAGAUCAAGAACCACACCAUCGAACAGCUAGAAGCGGACAUCGACUCCGAGAAGGCCAGACUUGAACUGACGCACGAAGGAAGCAGCAAUGUCAUUCAAGAGUUCGAGGAACGAGAAGUCCGCAUUGAACAAUUGAGAGAACAGCUCAGCUCAUCAGAGGAAAGACUGGCUGCGAUUGAACAGUCUAUCAAGGAGAUACGAAGCGAAUGGGAGCCACGGCUGGACGCAAUCGUGGCCAAAAUCAGUGAUGCAUUUGCAGACAACUUCGCACGCAUUGGAUGUGCUGGACAGGUGUCCGUUGACAAGAACGAAGAUGUCGGGAAUGACAUAGGCCCGGGGAGUGAUUUUGACCAGUGGUCCAUCAGAAUACAGGUCAAAUUCCGGGAACACGAAGCCCUGUCUAUCCUUGACUCUCAUCGUCAGUCUGGUGGUGAGCGAGCAGUCAGCACAAUCUUCUACCUCAUGGCACUACAGUCACUCUCUGCCUCCCCGUUUAGAGUAGUCGACGAGAUCAACCAGGGCAUGGACCCUCGAAAUGAACGUAUGGUUCACGAGCGUAUGGUUGAUAUUGCCUGUGGACAAGCCGAUUCAGGUACCACCGGUGGCCAAUACUUCCUGAUUACACCGAAGCUGCUUGGUGGACUGGUAUACAAGCCCGGUAUGACGGUGCUAUGUAUUUUCAGCGGCGAGUUCAUGCCUGAUGAUUAUCAACAGCUGGACUUUAAACGGUGCGUGCUACGGAUGAAGCAAGUCAAGGCUCAGCAGGGUAUGUCUGAGAAAUCCCGUGGUAAAAGGGCAAUGGUAGGGUGA